GAACCAUAAGACAAGAACCAAGGCCAACUCCCCCCCUUCGUGACAUUAUCACCUCUUUUUCCUGCACCGGUCUUCGUUGCCGGUAUGACUUGUCCAAAUUGGCCUCCACCUCUCUUGUUAUCUAUCACCUCUUCGUUCUUCUGAUCUUCCGUUACCUGUCCAAUUUCGUCUAUCACAUGAAAUUUGGAAGAUUUCCAAUGUCUUAUACCAUUAAAGGAAUCCCCAUGCAUCUUGGCUCGGCUCGUCAUUAGCCUGUUUCUUUUCCUCUCAAAAGGGCUGGCUAAUGCUAUUGACCUUUAAUCUGCAAGGAAAGAAGAAUGACAGUAGCUAAGGAAGCUAGAAAGCUCUCCUCUUCCUUAGCGGUACUCUCUCUACUCUCUGUACUGCUGCUACCAACGUUCUCAUGUUCUUCUCUUGUGUCAGCUCUGAACACCAUCACCCAUCUUCCGGGAUUUCAUGGAACCCUGCCCUUCUAUUUGGAAACCGGAUACGUGACGGUGGAUGAAGCGAAUGAUGCGCAGCUUUUCUACUACUUCAUAAAGUCUGAGAGGAAGCCGGAGGAGGAUCCUCUAAUGGUGUGGCUGUCAGGAGGCCCGGGCUGCUCGGCGUUUUCAGGUUUGGUUUUUGAGAUUGGCCCUCUAAAAUUUGACGUUGCCGGGUACACUGAUGGUCUGCCAACCUUGGUCUACCACCCAUAUACUUGGACUAAGGUGUGCAGCAUCAUCUUUCUCGAUUCGCCGGUCGGAACUGGAUUCUCCUAUUCGAGUAUGGGGAAAAGUUACGAGACAGGAGACACCAAAGCGGCCCGACAAGUCCACACUUUCCUUAGAAAGUGGUUUAUUGAUCACCCAAAGUUCCUCUCCAAUCCACUCUACAUCGGUGGAGAUUCGUAUUCUGGUAUUAUUGUGCCAGUUGUUGCUCAAAAAAUAGCAAAAGGUGAUCAAGAUGGAGAUGAACUGCCCUACAAUCUCAAGGGUUAUCUGGUUGGCAACCCGGUAACGGAUGAGAAGUUUGAUAAUGGGGCAGUUGUUCCAUAUGCUCAUGGGAUGGGACUUAUAUCUGACGAACUUUAUGAGUCAACCAAGAAAAGUUGUGGAGGAGAAUAUGCUAGUCCUAGAAAUGAGCAAUGUGCAAACUAUCUGCAGUCUGUAAAUGAGUGUACUAAGGGAAUAAACUCAGAGCAAAUUUUGGAGCCACUAUGCUUUUCCGCGAGCCCAAAGCCCAACAUGGUUGCUGCAUAUAGCAGGAGAUUGCUUAAAGAGGAUAUUAAAAAGUUUCCUUUAUUAAAUUCUGACCUUCCUUUGGAGUGUAGAAGUUUUGGAUACUUGCUUUCCUACUUCUGGGCAGACAAUGAUACUGUUAGAGAGGCUCUCAAUAUUCGUAAGGGGACAGUGCAACAUUGGCAGAGAUGCAACCAUGACCUACUUUAUACAUACGAUAUCCCAAGUUCUAUAAAGUUUCAUCUGAAUCUGACCAGCAGAGGUUACCGAGCGUUGGUAUACAGUGGUGAUCACGACAUGGGUGUACCUUUUGUGGGCACGCAAGGAUGGAUUAGAUCUCUCAACUUCUCCAUCGUGGAUGACUGGCGGCCAUGGUCGGUAGAUGGGCAAGUCGCAGGGUUCACGAGGACUUACUCAAAUAACCUGACUUUUGCAACUGUGAAGGGUGCGGGACACACAGCUCCAGAAUACCGGCCAAAAGAGUGCUUGGCUAUGCUUCAAAGGUGGCUUUCUGGCGCCCCUCUGUAACAUGAUUAUCCUCCAUAAUUAACCCCAAAAUCCGCAGUAGCCUGAUUAUAAUCUGCGGGCUUGGUGUCAACUGGUGUUCUCUAUGAUAAAAAGUACUUAUAAGAAGUCCCAGAAUUGGAGAGAAGAGCUACCAAGAUUCCAGAGUAAUUCAUCUUCAAAAUUGUGAACCCUUAUGCACACACCAGCUUUGUUGUAUCUUGAUUGUUUUUUCAAGAAAAGACUGCCAGUAGAAUAGUCAGAAUAGAAGAUUGCCAUUAUCCAACUAUUCAUUAUAAAAAUUUUAAGAGCGUCCACUUCUUGGACUAUUAUGAAAUUCAAAGGCCAGUUUGCUUUUAA